AUGUCUGACACUGGUCGCAAGGAUUUCUCCACCAAGGCUAAGGAGGAGAUCACUCCCGAUUCCUCCAAGUCCACUCAGGACAAGAUCAAGGAGACUGUCACUGACACCACUGACCGUGUUGCUCGUGGCUUCCAGUCCGACGACAGCAAGGGUGGUGCCCAGGAGGCUUUCGACAAGACUCAGCGUACUCACGACAAUGAGGCUCACGGCGGUGCCAGCAACUCCAUUGGCGAUAAGGUUAAGAAUGCUCUCGGAAUGAACAACUAA